AUGGAUAAAGCUUCCGGAGCCAAUGAGAAGGUUGGUUCCAACCCAUGGUGCCCAUUUCUCAUCCACAAUUUAUUGCGAAAGGUCAUAAAGCUUGGCAAGAAGAUUAAGAAGAUUGGAAAGGAAGACCCAAGAAGGAUUCUUCAUUCCCUCAAAGUAGGAAUAGCUCUCACUCUCGUCUCAAUCUUCUACUAUGUCACUCCUCUUUUCAAUGGGCUAGGCUCUUCAACUAUGUGGGCGGUGCUUACCGUCGUCGUCGUCAUGGAGUACACCGUCGGUGGAACAUUGAGCAAAGGCCUCAACCGGGCAUUUGCAACACUGCUUGCCGGAGCACUUGGGCUGGGUGCACAUCAGUUGGCCUCGCUUGCCGGUGCAAAAGGGGAGCCCAUACUAAUGAGUAUAUUUGUAUUCAUGCUAGGUUCUGGUGCCACUAUGGCGACAUUCUCUCGGUUUGUGCCUGAGAUAAAGGCGAGAUAUGACUACGGGGUGACGAUAUUUAUACUAACAUUCAGCCUUGUGUCUGUAUCGAGCUACAGAGUGGAAGAACUUAUUUCACUCGCGCACCAGCGAUUGUCGACUGUAGCCAUUGGUGUAGCGACGUGCCUCUUCACCUCCCUUUUUGUCUUCCCGGUUUGGGCCGGAGGAGAUCUCCAUAAGCUGGUGGCUGCCAAUCUUGACAAGCUUGCAUGCUUUUUAGAAGGUCUGGGAGCGGAAUUCUUCGUGGAGAAGAUGGAAAAUGGAAAUGUGGAAGGCAAAUCCUUCCUUCAAAGCUACAAAAGCGUGCUUAAUUCAAAGGCCACAGAGGAUUCUCUUGCAAACUUCGCAAGAUGGGAGCCCGGCCACGGUCCUUUCAGCUUCCGUCAUCCAUGGAAUCAAUACCUCAAAAUCGGAGCCAUCACUCGCCAAUUUGCUUGCUCCAUUGAAGCCCUCAACGCCUACAUUUCUACUCUCCAGCAAUCCCACCACACAACAGCAUCAGACCCAGAAUUCAAGCAAAAGAUUCAAACUGCAUGCGCCGAGAUGAGCUCGGAAACAGGGAAGGCCUUGGCUGAGCUGGCCUCUGCAAUACGGCAGAUGAAGUGGUCGUCGGCAGCCGGACAACACCUGGCUAAAGCCAUGGCAGCCGCCAGCAGUGUGAAGGCGAUUGUGCCCGCUGAAGAUUCUACUAUGCUGGAGAUUCUCAGAUUAGCCACUAUCGCUUCACUCUUAACAGAAGUGGUGCGGUGCGCCAACCAGGUCGUUAUUGCGGUCGAGGAGCUCGGUCGGUUGGCGGAGUUCCAAAGGCCGGAACAUGGUCGGAAAGCCGGCGCUGUGAAACCCAUCGCCGGCGUCGAGAGUCCGCCGCAUGUUGUGAUUGAUAUAGAGAAGUGAUUGGGGAUGGAUUGUUCUGUUUUAGAUGGAUAAAAUUAAGAAAGAAAACUUAGGAGAUGUCUAUAAGGGAGAUGAUUGCAUGCAGGCGUCGUGAAAUGGAAUGCAUGCAUGAACCCAUUUGAUUGUUGUUUUAUUUGUUCUGUCAUAACAAAGCUUGGACUUUCAUGUAUCUUAGAGAAGGAAUUCUUUUGUUGA